CUGACCUUGGUGCUGAUCUCAUUAAUAUCUGCUCUUGUCAACCUCCUCACGCAGCUCAUGUCACCUCUGGAGGGGGAAGGAGCACUGUUCAAUUAGGUUUACCAACAUCUCGAAACACAUAACACGAUUCACUCGACUGGCUUCAUAAUAUUUUUUUCCUAGGAGUUGCUGGCUGCUAGGCUAUAUUUUCAGUUAAAGGGACAUUUUACCUCCCCCUGUUGGCGUGCCUGGACUUUGCUGGUGCGCAGCGGCGGGGUAGUGUUGACUGCUGUCCCCUCGCCUCUUGCCCAUUUUAGUCAAUGCCUGUCAGUUCACUGGAAUGCGCGACUCACAUUGUGCAGCCCCCCAGCUCGCGAGGACAUACAUUUAUAUCUCCUCAUUACGUGUCCAUUGUUUUCUAUUCAUUAUCCUGUCCAGCGACGCGUUUGAUCGAUUGUUGUCAGAUUGGUGAGGAUCAGGAUGUCCACCUCUCCAGAGAUGACCAGUAGCCUGUUCUACACCACCCUGGCCCCCCUGCGGUCAGCAGUCCCUGGGUCUGGAGGUCCGGUGAUGACCACCCUGGAGCCCAACAUAACCUCCUGUGAGGAGUGGGAGGAGGCCCACCACCUGCUCUUCCACCUGGGGAACCUGUCUCUCCUCCUGGGCCUGGUCAUCCCCACCACCCUGACCCUGCACAUGAUCCUGCUGCGCCUCAUGCUGAUGACAGGAAGCUGUCUGUUCAUCACCUGGGCAACGCUGUACCGGUGUAACCUGGAUGUCAUGGUGUGGAACGUGGUCUUCCUGCUGGUCAACUUCAUGCACUUCUUCUACCUGGUCUACAAACGCAGACCUAUUAAGAUUGACAGGGAGCUGAAGUCAGUGUACAAGCGGAUGUUUGAGCCUCUUCACGUGCGCGAGGCCCUGUUCCAGAGACUGACGGGCCAAUUCUGCACCAUCCAGAGCCUGAAGAAGGGACAGGUGUAUGCUGCCGAGGACAAGACCUCUGUGGAUGAGCGCCUCAGUAUCCUCCUUAAAGGAAAAAUGAAGGUGUCAUAUCGAGGUCAUUUCCUCCAUAACAUCUACACGAACGCCUUCAUCGACUCCCCUGAGUUUAGAUCAACCCAGAUGAACAGAGGAGAAAAAUUCCAGGUGACCAUCAUGGCGGAGGAGAAUUGUAAAUUCCUGUGUUGGUCCAGAGAGAGGCUCACCUACUUCCUGGAGUCUGACUCCUUCCUGAACGAGGUGUUCAGGUACCUCAUUGGCAAAGACAUCACCAACAAGCUGUACUCGCUCAACGACCCCACUCUCAGUGACAAGGCAGCGAAGAAGAUGGAGCGUCAGCCCAGCUUGUGCUCCCAGGUCUCUAUGAUGCAGAUGAGGAACAGCAUGGGCAGCACCAGUGACACCGAUGACAUCCUGAACCAGAUCCACCGUGGAGGCUCCAGUGGCUCUUCACAUCAAAAAUCUCCUGCCUCCAAGACAUCCAAAACGAUGAAGCCCAUUGAAGAAAAAAUAGAAGACGACGUCUUUAUAGAGUCCAAGCCAGACUCUCCUGUUAAGAAACAUCACACCCACUCGACAGCCAUAGAGGAGGUGUAAGGAGAUGUGACAUUAUCCUACAACAACAGUACUGACAACCCACCUAUCCUGUAAUCUGAUACAGACCCUGGUUAGUUAUGGUAGAAUAACUUAAACAAUAGCUUGAAAAAGGCUUUUACAUUAUCAAAAUAUCUAUCUACAUAUACAGUGGGGAGAACAAGUAUUUGAUACACUGCCGAUUUUGCAGGUUUUCCUACUUACAAAGCAUGUAGAGGUCUGUAAUUUUUAUCAUAGGUACACUUCAACUGUGAGCGACGGAAUCUAAAACAAAAAUCCCGAAAAUCACAUUGUAUGAUUUUUAAGUAAUUAAUUUGCAUUUUAUUGCAUGACAUAAAUAUUUGAUCACCUACCAACCAGUAAGAAUUCUGGCUCUCACAGACCUGUUAGUUUUUCUUUAAGAAGCCCUCCUGUUCUCCACUCAUUACCUGUAUUAACUGCACCUGUUUGAACUCGUUACCUGUAUAAAAGACACCUGUCAACAGACUCCAACCUCUCCACAAUGGCUAAGACCAGAGAGCUGUGUAAGGGACAUCAGGGAUAAAAUUGUAGACCUGCACAAGGCUGGGAUGGGCUACAGGACAAUAGGCAAGCAGCUUGGUGAGAAGGCAACAACUGUUGGAGCAAUUAUUAGAAAAUGGAAGAAGUUCAAGAUGACGGUCAAUCACCCUCGGUCUGGGGCUCCAUGCACGAUCUCACCUCGUGGGGCAUCAAUGAUCAUGAGGAAGGUGAGGGAUCAGCCCAGAACUACACGGCAGGACCUGGUCAAUGACCUGAAGGGAGCUGGGACCACAGUCUCAAAGAAAACCAUUAGUAACACACUACGCCGUCAUGGAUUAAUUUCCUGCAGCGCACGCAAGGUCCCCCUGCUCAAGCCAGUGCAUGUCCAGGCCCGUCUGAAGUUUGCCAAUUACCAUCUGGAUGAUCCAGAGGAGGAAUGGGAGAAGCUCAUGUGGUCUGAUGAGACAAAAAUAGAGCUUUUUGGUCUAAACUCCACUCGCCGUGUUUGGAGGAAGAAGAAGGAUGAGUACAACCCCAAGAACACCAUCCCAACCGUGAAGCAUGGAAGUGGAAACAUCAUUCUUUGGGGAUGCUUUUCUGCAAAGGGGACAGGACAACUGCACCGUAUUGAGGGGAGGAUGGAUGGGGCCAUGUAUCGCGAGAUCUUGGCCAACAACCUCCUUCCCUCAGUAAGAGCAUUGAAGAUGGGUCGUGGCUGGGUCUUCCAGCAUGACAACGACCCGAAACACACAGCCAGGGCAACUAAGGAGUGGCUCCGUAAGAAGCAUCUCAAGGUCCUGGAGUGGCCUAGCCAGUCUCCAGACCUGAACCCCAUAGAAAAUCUUUGGAGGGAGCUGAAAGUCCGUAUUACCCAGCGACAGCCCCGAAACCUGAAGGAUCUGGAGAAGAUCUAUAUGGAGGAGUGGGCCAAAAUCCCUGCUGCAGUGUGUGCAAACCUGGUCAAGAACUACAGGAAAUGUAUGAUCUCUGUAAUUGCAAACAAAGGUUUCUGUACCAAAUAUUAAGUUCUGCUUUUCUGAUGUAUCAAAUACUUAUGUCAUGCAAUAAAAUGCUAAUUAUUUUUGUUUUAGAUUUCGUCUCUCACAGUUGAAGUGUACCUAUGAUAAAAAUUUCAGACCUCUACAUGCUUUGUAAGUAGGAAAACCUGCAAAAUCGGCAGUGUAUCAAAUACUUGUUCUCUCCACUGUAGCUGGAAAACAGAACUGUACAUUUUGGCAUCUCACUUUGUCUUGUAGUGUUUGGUAUUAUUGUGAGUUUGUAGCUGUUGUACUUUUUAAAAUCCGGUUGGAUUGGAUGUAGUACAAUGCCUUUGCUUGGCUCUUAAACUCAAUGAGUGUUCAAAAAGUAUCACGUGUCACAACCAAAACAUUUUAGUGUAAGCACAACCUUUGAGGAAGGUUUCUAUUAAACCUUUUACUCAUUGUGCGACAUAUUGUGUGAUUAAUUCUCUUAUUUAUGCACUGAGCUUCUGCAGUGUUGUGUUUUGAUGAAUGUAAAGAUUUAACAAGUUAAACCUCCUGGUCAAUGCUAACCAUUUGAGGCUAUUGUGCUGUUUUUUUCACAGUGAUAAGUACACAAGUUUGGGAUCACUUUUUUUAUGUCAUGAUAGUUACCUUAUAUUAAUUACUCAAAGGGAACACUUGAAAAAGAAUGAUGGAUAGCUCGUAGACCUCUGCUUUUUAUCCUAUAGCGCCCUCUAGGAGCUAUCAUGAGUACUACUGGUUUCUUUUCUCAGUCUGAACUCCUGUCACUGUUAAACCAGGUCAAUGUUCAAACUCAUUCCAUGGAGGGCAUGUUUUGGUUUUCCUCCCAAUUAAGACCCAGACAACCAAGUGAGGGGAGUUCUUUACUAAUUAGUGACCUUAAUUCAUCAAUCAAGUAUGAGGAGCCAAACAGAAACUCGGCCCUCCGUGGAAUGAGUUUGACACGUGGUUAAAACCAUCACAUCCCUGAAAGAUCAACCAGACCAAAAGAAGAUGUAAGCAACAGGUUUUAUUAUUUCAGUCUAAUAAACCUUUUGAAUAUCUCAGACAGACCAUGAUUGAUGUAACAAAAAAAAAUGGUGUUGAAUACAAUGAAUGAAUUGAAUAAAAUUCAUUCAUUCAGGCCAACAGGAAAAUAAUAAAACAUAUCAGUGCUCUUUUGAGACGUUAAGACAA